GUUCCAUCUUCUAGGUUUUCGUGAUCGAAACAUUCUGCAGAACUAUAAGAAUUCGAUGACGACAUUAAAAAGUUAUGCAAAGCACAGCUUGCCAUUACCACCUUAUCAAUGUUCUUGGGUUCUAGAUUAAUUUGAGUUUUAUAUAUCCGAAAUCUAGAAGCCAAGCUUCCAAAUGCAUUCUCUACAAUGCGCCGCGCUCGAGAUACUAGCUUCAAUGAACAGCGAUGUUUUGCCAUCACAAGAUAGAGAUGAUAAUUCUCCGGAAACAGCUAGUACCUCUUCACAAAUAUCAAGUCACCCUAGACCACCCAAAAGAAGAAGUGACAGUAAUGCUCAUUCAUUAGAUCCACCAGAUUUAUCUACCGACGUAUUACAAGUCGUAAAAUAGCAUUUCAAGCGUCCUCUGUUGAGCGAAGACCGAUUUGAUAUUUUUGGCAAAAAUGUCGCAAUGAAAUCGCGCGAUCUACCAAUACAGCAAAGGCUGAUUGCUGAAAAAAUUAUAAACGACUCAUUAUUUCAAGCAGAAAUGGGCAACUCGAGACUGCCACAUGGAGAGUUCAAUGUACAACUCCCAGUCCUCCAACAUAUCAGCCACAACAUUCAUUCGUGA